GUUGUUCUCCAUAACGGAUUAACCGUUAACGGCUAUUUUGCAACGAGAAUCGGACAACGGUCGGUGCCUUCCACGCAGAAUUCUCAGUUUCUCCCCCGUUCAAUACUUCCCUCAUUUGCUUCCAGUCUCCAGAGACUCGACUACGGAGAAAUCGAAAGAGAGAGAUGACGUCACUGCCGUACGCCGAUGUCGACAACCACAUGAGAGCCUUGGCCGGCCGGGCGGAAGGAUUCGGCCGGAUGGCCAUCGGCGGUCUUCACGGAGCACUCUAUUCGGUCACCUCCCUGGCAGAUGAUGGCCCUGGAUCACUCCGAGAGGGAUGCCGAAGGAAGGAGCCACUGUGGAUUGUGUUCGAUGUCUCCGGGACGAUUGAGCUCAAGACGUUCUUGAGCGUGUCGUCUUACAAGACGAUCGAUGGGCGUGGCCAGAGGAUUAAGUUCACGGGGAAGGGUUUGAGGCUGAAGGAAUGUGAGCAUAUAAUCAUCUGUAACCUGGAAUUCGAAGGCGGGAGAGGGCAUGACGUCGAUGGGAUUCAAAUCAAGCCGAAUUCGAGACAUAUUUGGAUCGACAGAUGCAGUCUUCGUGAUUAUGAUGAUGGCCUCAUUGAUAUCACUCGCCAAAGCACUGAUGUAACUGUCUCAAGGUGUUACUUUGCUCAACAUGACAAGACCAUGCUUAUUGGGGCUGACCCUACUCAUGUGGGUGACAGAUGCAUCCGGGUGACAAUUCACCAUUGCUUCUUUGAUGGAACCCGGCAGAGACAGCCUCGUCUUAGAUUUGGGAAAGUUCAUCUCUAUAACAAUUUCACUAGGAAUUGGGCAAUCUAUGCUGUCUGUGCUAGUGUUGAAGCUCAGAUUUAUUCUGAGUGCAAUUUAUAUGAAGCGGGAGAGAAGAAAAAGGUCUUUGAAUAUUACACAGAGAAGGCUGCAGAUGCAGAAGAGGCUAAGUCUGGCUUAAUAAAAUCUGUAGGAGAUGUGUUCCUGAACGGAGCUCUGCCAUCUCUACAACCUGUUAUGUCUGAGCAUUGUGUGUUCCAUCCGAGUGAACAUUAUGCAAACUGGACGGUGGAGGCUCCAUCAGAUUCUCUAAAAGAAGUUCUUCAAGUCUAUGCAGGUUGGCAAGCUCUUCCUCGACCCAACGAUAACAUCCCAAACUAGAAAUACCUAGUUUGGUAUUUCCUCACUGUCUUAUUUGUACCUUCUGUUUGUAUUUCCUUGCAUAUGUAUACGUCUCUUGUGAUAGGAUCUCACACUUCACUAUCCUCAAAUGGAGGCUGAAAAGGAAGUUAUGGAAUUUUUGUCUCCAGCUAACUUAUCCAAUUUUUCAAUGCAACUUUGUGAAUUGUGUUACAUAAUGUUCCCAGAACAUGUUAAGUCAACUUUAUCACUUUUUUUUGUAGUAAUUGUUCUGAGUUUUUCUGUUUUUCUGAUUUACUUAUACUUGUGAUUCAGUGUCUUUGUCGACUUUUUUAGUUCAUCAGUUCUCGCAACCAUUAUUUGAGAUAUUUACACUAUUUCAAGCAUACAUUUAGGCAAGUUCAGCCG